AUGGCUGGAGAAAUCUACUUUUGCUCAGGACCUAUGGAUAUGAACCCCGAGGCAGGCAAUGAGGUCCCGAGAGACUGGUUCUGCAAAUGGGAGAUAGAAGAUUCACUUAGCGCAGACCAUGCUCCGAUCGUGGUGGCCCGUGCAGCUGGAGCCUGUCGACUGGCUGACCUACGAGCUUGCUGUAUGGUUGACCGGUGGAUGGAUGGGAUGGUCGACCGGUUUGGUUGA